AUGUGUGAUCGAUGGACCGCUUAUUCUAAACAUUGCCGGAAGCCAUAUCCGGAAAUGGCAUAUCGUGCGAUUGGUACAAGCGCACGAUUAAUUUGUUCAUGCAUUCUCAACACUGUUCUUUUUGGUAUUGCUGUUGUUUUCUGCUUAUUAGCAGCAUAUAUCAUUAAUGAUUUUAUUAUUUCCGUUGCUAAUUACGAUAUUGGAUUUUGCUAUGUUUUAUUGUUUGUUGUGAUAGCUAUCUAUCCGGUGACAUUAUUACGAUCACCACAAGAUUUUUGGUGGGCAAUUGUAUUAGCUAUGCUAACGACAUUGCUAUCCGUAAUACUUAUUGUAAUUGGUUCAUGGUUGGAUUAUGGUAAAUAUAACGGUACUGUAUCCAAUCAAAAUCCCGCAAGUCGUCUCGAUGGUAUUAUCGCAUCGUUGGGGACAUAUAUGUUUGGCUUUGGUGGACAUAUUGUAUUUCCGAGUGUACAGCACGAUAUGAAAUAUCCCAAACAUUUUAAUCGUUCUGCAAUUCUUGCUUUUACCAUAGUGACAAUGGUGUAUUUGCCAGUAUCAAUACUUGGCUAUGCAACAUACAGUAAUUCACUCCAAGAUUCUGUUAUCAAUUCCAUACAGGUACCACAUAGUUGA